GCCAUGGCACCGCCCCCGCCACUUCCGCUACGAACCCGGAAGUACCUCCCCGACGCCGGAAGUCCCGUGGCCUUGCUUCCGCAGAGGCUUCCCCCAACCCGACGCGGAGGAGACUUGCUUCCGGCCCCGGGUGGGCGCCGAUUGGAAUCCCGGUGCGCUGCGGAGCGGUGUCCCGGGAGCACCGCUCUCCAGAACGCCGGCGCCGGAAGCUCGUCCGGUGGCCGCACCGGCAGAGCGCCGGUCCGGGCGCGAGGCCCGUGCGGGGCCAUGAACGGGACCGCGAACCCGCUGCUGGACCGCGAGGAACACUGCCUGCGGCUCGGGGAGAGCUUCGAAAAGCGACCGCGAGCCUCCUUCCACACCAUUCGCUAUGAUUUUAAGCCAGCAUCUAUAGAUACCUCCUGUGAAGGAGAGCUUCAGGUUGGCAAAGGAGAUGAAGUCACAAUUACACUGCCACAUAUCCCUGGAUCCACACCCCCAAUGACUGUGUUCAAGGGGAACAAACGGCCUUAUCAGAAAGACUGUGUGCUUAUUAUUAAUCAUGACACUGGUGAAUAUGUGCUGGAGAAACUCAGUAGCAGCAUUCAGGUCAAGAAAACAAGGGCUGAGGGGAGCAGUAAAAUCCAAGCCCGAAUGGAACAGCAGCCCACUCGCCCCCCACAGCCAUCACAGCCGCCACCGCCCCCACCACCUAUGCCAUUCAGAGCUCCAACAAAGCCUCCAGUUGGACCCAAAACUUCUCCCUUGAAAGAUAACCCUUCACCUGAACCUCAGCUGGAUGACAUCAAAAGAGAGCUGAGGGCUGAAGUGGACAUUAUUGAGCAGAUGAGCAGCAGCAGUGGGAGCAGCUCCUCAGACUCUGAGAGCUCCUCGGGGAGCGAUGACGACAGCUCCAGCAGCGGAGGCGAGGACAACGGCCCUACCUCUCCUCCCCAGCCUGCACACCAGCAGCCCUACAACAGCAGGCCGGCCCUUGUCAACGGAACCAGCCGGCCACAGGGGAGCAACCAGCUCAUGAACACCCUCAGAAAUGACUUGCAGUUGAGUGAAUCUGGGAGUGACAGUGAUGACUAGAGCUGAAUCUUUCUAAAUCAACUUUUUGGUGCACAAAUAUACUGCAAGACCGGGCUACUUUUGCAUGGAAUCCAUUGACAAGAGAAAAAUGCUGUGGAUCAGUGACUGUAGUAGGAAUUCGAGGCUCUAAAGCUCUCAGAUAUUCAAGACUUUAA